UCAAGGAUUUUACAUCUAAGGCCCAAAAGUUUGAUACCCAAGAUGACGAAUUCCAGCAUGGAUGCAGUUGAUGCUGAAAAGCAAGUGGAACUGGAGGAGAAAGCACGACUUAUUAGUUAAGAGAAACUUCAACACACACUUGAAGAUCUCGCUCCAAGAGUAGGUGCAGUUAAGGAAGAAAAUCGGAAGCUAAAAUCAGAAAACCAAGUUCUUGGACAAUAUAGAGAAAACCUCAUACCAGCUUCCAGUGUUUUUCAAAAAUUUAACACAAAAAGAAAAGAAAGUAAGGGAUUGAUGUUCCUUCUGUUUUAUGGAAUUGCUGCUGAUCUUUCUUUCUUUAAAAGUGGGAUAGAUUUAAAAAGUUAUAGUAGUUUUGUUUGUGGUUUAAUUGAAUAUUUAUGA